AAAUAGGAGGAGCUUCUGGGCGACUAGAAAUGUCAAUCAGAGCAAAAGGCGUCCCAAUAAUCUAAAGCAAUCUGUAAGGACCUGACCUUAGUCCAUUCAGAUCAAUAGGGAAGCGAGGGAGGGAAGCGGCCGGCGGAUCGUUUACGCGCGGCCCGUUUUCGGAGGAAAUAUAGACUUCCCUUACACUUUUGUACUUAUUGUACACUGGAUAUCGCAGCGCGCAUCGAGAAAGCGAUUUUUUGUGUGUGCACGCGUGUGUGUGUGUGCGCGUGUGUGUUCGUGUACGUGUGUGCGAUUUCAGAAGACUGUUGUUGGGUGUUUUUUCCCUUCAUUCCCCAACUACAAUGUCUUUCCCACAGCUGGGAUACCAGUACAUCCGACCGAUAUACCCGCAAGAACGGCAAGGGAUCGGCAACGCGCGCAACGGGAGCGAGCUCAGUCCGUCCGGCACGCUCUCCAACGUUCUCUCUACCAUGUACGGAUCACCUUUCACCGCCGCACACACCUACGGAGCGUUCCUUCCUUAUUCAAACGACCUGUCCAUUUUCAGUCAGUUGGGAGCUCAAUAUGAGCUAAAAGACAGUCCAGGUGUCCAGCACCCAGCGUUUGCUCAUCCUCACCCUGCUUUCUAUCCCUACGGCCAGUACCAGUUUGGGGACCCGUCCAGACCCAAAAAUGCCACCAGGGAGAGCACAAGCACGCUGAAGGCCUGGCUCAGCGAGCACCGCAAGAACCCAUAUCCCACCAAAGGCGAGAAGAUCAUGCUUGCCAUCAUAACCAAGAUGACUCUCACCCAGGUGUCCACUUGGUUCGCUAACGCACGGAGGAGACUGAAGAAGGAGAACAAGAUGACCUGGACCCCACGCAACCGCACGGAUGAAGAAGGCAACGUUUACAGCAGUGACCACGAAGGCGAGGAUGGCGACAAGCGCGACGACGAGGAAGAGAUCGACUUGGAGAACAUCGACACGGAGCACAUCGAGAGUAAGGACGAGCUGGACGAACAGGACGAGCUCCACUCGGAUUCCAAGCUGGACGCCAGCUGCGACUCGGAAAUCUCGGACGGCUAUGAGGAUAUACACGGGCCCGAGCCGAAGCUUUUAAAAGCCGUGGCCCAAGACGGCAAAGACGCGCACGCGGUUGCAGAUGCUGAGAGGCCCGAUCACUUCAACCUCCACCACCAUCACCUCCAUCACCAUCAUCACCAUCACCUUCCUCAUUCAUUAGACCUCAAAACACAGUCUCCUAGCAGCGAUCAGAUCAAACUUAACCCGGUGUCCAACUCUCCUCCGGCUGAAAACAAUGCGGCCCCGGUGCAAAAACCUAAGAUCUGGUCUUUGGCUGAGACAGCCACGAGCCCGGACAAUCCCCGGAAAUCUCCACUCGUAAACGGGAGCUCAUCUCAGGCCGUCAUGCCUUCUCAUAGACUUGUUUCAUGCCCGGUGGGCAAACUGCAGAACUGGACGAGCCGUGCGUUCUCGGCGCACCAGCUCGCGCUGCUCAACUCAAACCACUAUUUAGGACUGGCCAAUCAGGCUUCAGCCAACGGCCUCGCGCUCUACACCGGCAACAGGCACACAGAAGAGCGCAGUGUCAGCUCAGAGAUUGCACACACAGAGAGAUCUAGUGCCUUGGAAGCAGAGAGAAAGUUAAAAACAGCAACUUCCCCUGUGUUUCUUAGGCCUCAGGAUCAACCUGGAGCUGCCAUGAUAUUAUCCAACCCCCUUUUCCCAAUUUCCUCAUAGAGACUCUUUUAUAAAUCUUCAUUUUAACCUGUCGUAAGGAAUGUAAAAUAAAUAACACACCCUGUGUACUUACCUUGUAAGCAUGUCCUUGUGUAUAAUUGCUAAUGCAAUGCUGUAAAAAUUGUAGUCUGUGAGGUUUUUUCUUCCUCUUUUUAUUUUUUUCUUUUCUUUUGUUUUGUGAGGAUUCGAUGUUGCAAUGUUUUGUAUAUAUAACGUAAAGAAAGAAAAUGUACAUACUUGUGAUCCAAAAUUGUACAAGAAAGUCUAUAUUUUGGCUAAUAAAUGAACUGCGGCAACUUAAACACAAAUGCGAUGUUUUAAUUUUAACAAAGGUAUGGUUUAAGAUUUAGGGAUUGAACAAAAGUUAAAAAUCAAUAUACUGCCGUAAAUAUACUGUGCGUAAAUAUUCGUAUCAGUUUAAGGAGAAUUGGGACGUAUUGUUUUAACUAUGAUCAGAACUGUUUAAUAGGAUUCGGGUUUGGGAGCAGCCAUACUGUGCAGAAAUGAUCACUGGCUGUGCUUUUUUGGAUGUGCAUUUCUCUUGAGGGAACUUCACCAGGGCUUCUGAGGCUUGGCUAAGCACGAAUUGGACGAUUUGAAACGUUUUCCUAUUUCAGAGUCUCGGCUGUAAUUAGCUCCUUCUUGAAUCGCAUAUUUGGAUAUUAAUGGAGGGGGAUUAUCCUCAUCGAGGCGUAACAGCCAAUAUGAAAUGAAUAAUUAUUUCAUUUAUAUUGGCCUGAAAUCGCAUACGACUCAAUUUGGCUGAAAUGAGAAUUGAUUUUUUUUUCUCAAACAUUUUUUUUAAUUCUUUUAUUAUCUUAUCCAUUUAAAGAAGCUAAAACAGUUCAAAUACCUUUACGGGUUGUUUGCUUAAUCUCCACUCUCAUAUGAAAUGUGUGAUUUGGCUUCUCUCUCUCUCUCUCUCUCUCUCUCUCUCUCUCUCUCUCUCUCUCUCUCUCCCUCUCUCCUUUUUUUUUAUUAAUGCAUAAUGAAUUCUAAUCAGACACCGAUGCUGCGCUGCUUGCCAUAUGCCUGAGAUACACUGAGAAAUAAUUUAUUUAUGUUUACACCCCCUUCACCUCCGUUCCCUCCAUUUGCAUGGAAGAAGCUUUGUUCCAGGGCUAGAAAGCUCGGGAAAGUUAGAGUUGGAGCUCCCUCUACAGUCUAGCACAAUCAGCCCUUUGCCAUGUUUGCGGGACGCACAGGGAACUGGGUUUGCCUUUUUUUUGCACUUUCUAUUAAACCUUGUUUUAAAGGUCACUUGUGCAAGUGAUAGGAUAUUUUGCGUUUUGUGGUGUAUUAAUAAAUUAUAUA